AGGUGAGCCUCUGGGUUGAAAGUUGCACUUCAAGAAACCUCAUGGUACGCUCUGCUAAAGGUUGAUGAUUCGUUUGGAGCAAGUGACAUGUAGGUGGGUGAGUUUAUGAUUGACUGAUUAACUUUUGAAAGCUGCCAAAGGUCUCAUACAGCACACCUGUGAACUACUGAGCUCGAGCUCUAAUAUAACCGGAACUUAGACAAACUUUAUUAAUCCACAAGGGAAAUUGUUCAAAGGGAGACCCUCGUCAACACACUAGUUUAUCUUCCUGCUGCUGCAUCAGUCAGUCAUGUUGGGAAGAAGAAGAACCUUCAGGCGAUGUUGCAGGUUGGGCCUCCAGCAGUGGUCCUCUGCUCCAGCUGAAAUCCUUACACUACAUUUCCCGGGAGGCAGCAGGAAGACUAAGACGCACCAGGGAGUGUCACAACUGAACUCUGCUCAGAUUCAACAAAUCCUUAAGGCCAACGAAUACAGCCACAUCCUACCCAGGGGCCCCGCCUCCCACGGGGUCCUUGGAUUCCAUAGCAACAUGCUGCCAUCCAAUCACCCAGGCGAGGACUAUCGCAGCAGCGCCACCUGCCUGUCAGACGGUGGGGGUUUGCUAUUUGGGGUAUUCGACGGCCACGGAGGACCAGCCUGUGCCCACGCCGUCAGUCAGAGGCUUUUCUACUACAUCACCGUGGCAAUGCUGCCGCUAAAGACGCUGGCGGAGCUGGAACGGGCAGUGGAGGAGGAACGGGCCGUACCCCCGUUGCUGGAGUGGUUGAAACACCCCCGAGAUCACCGCUGCCCUGACGGAGGCGCCACCUCCUUCCAUAGCCUGCGCACAUACUGGCAGGAGAGGCUGGACGAGGAUGAGGACGAGGAGGACCUCAGUUCAGCGCUGAUCAAUGCUUUCCGUCGACUUGACUAUGACCUGACGGUGGAGGCUCAGGUGCACAUGUCCUUGUGCUCACACAGAAGGCCAUCUCUCUCUGGGGAGACGUCUCAGUCCUCCCCCCUUCGGGUGGCUCUGUCGGGAUGCACAGCUUGCAUCGCGCACGUGUCCAAAGGCGUCUUGCACGUGGCCAACCUGGGGGAUAGCAGGGCUGUGUUGGGUGUACAGGAAGCGGACGGAUGCUGGUCUGCAGUCAGCCUCACCAAUGACCACAACGCGCAGAACCCGGACGAGGUCCAAAGAAUUCUGGGGGAACACCCGGGGUCUGAGUGGAGGACGGUGGUCCGCCACGAUCGCCUGCUGGGAUUGCUCCUGCCUUUCAGGGCUUUUGGCGACAUCCGCUUUAAAUGGAGCGCUGAGACACUGAGUCGGAUGUACGAGACUCGCGCAGAUGUCCUGUCUGUGGUCAGCGAGGGAGCCCGGACGCUGCCGCCACACUACUUGACCCCGCCUUACCUGAGCGCCGAACCGGAGGUCACCCAGCACCUCAUCACACCCUCGGACAAAUUUCUAGUGUUAGCAAGCGAUGGACUCUGGGAGUUGAUGCACCGACAGACAGUAGUCCAACUGGUUGGCCAACACAUCAAAGGCCUUCAGCUGCAGAAACCCAUAACUCCCACUGUGGGCAUGACCCUGGCUGACCUGCAGCGCCUCCUUUUGGAGAGGAAGGGGCGGGUCCAGUCGGUGCUGGAAGACCAGAAUGCCGCAACCCACUUGCUGCGCCAUGCCCUGGGUGAUGACGGCUACGGAGCAGUGGCGCCAAACCGGCUCACCAAGAUGCUGAGUCUCCCAGUAGAGCUUGCUAGGAGGUACCGCGAUGACAUCACUAUUACGGUUAUUCACCUGAACGAGCCUGACUUUUGACUUGAACGACUUGUUACUACUAGCAACACAAAGAAAAGGAAACUGAAGGAGAGGUGCGAUUCUAAGGGGUGGCAUUGGCAAGUGGCAUAAGACAGCAAUGAAAACUGCAGCCACACCCUAAGCCUACCAGAUGGUGACAAAAAACUGUCAAUAGCUAUAAGGAACAAUGUUAAACUUUGAAAAUAUACUGUACAUACAAAACAAGUGUACAUUAUAGCGGAUUGGAACCAUCAGAUGAACAAACAAGGGACAUUAUAUAUAGCAAAUUGUCUUUGUAUACAUGCGUUUAUCAGGGGAACACAGUUGAGACUUUGAAGACAUUAUAAACUAAAUUUUAAUAACAAAUUCAAGGAUUGUAAAAAAGAAUGUCUCUUUGUGACUUGAAAAUAAAGUUUAAUCAAGGGUUUACAAAAUCAACAUGACUAGAAAACUGCCUCCUCACAGCUCACAGAGCUCACUCAUUGAGUCGACUGUACAGGUGGAGCUCGAUGGAGGCCACACCCACAGCAUUUGAACCAAACGCAAACAGGAAGUAGCUUACUGUGUAUUCGAACACACUAAAACAUGUCCAGUCAUCGGCGUGGUGGUGGGGCUAGCAACUGUGUGGCCGUGGCGGCCUCCGGGAACAGGUUGUGGUAGGUUGGCAGAGGGACGUAUGACGCAGUGAUCAUCUUGCCUGGGAAAAAAAAGAGGCAGGUCAUUCAGUGCUAUCACUGUAAAAAGAUGGCUGUUAUGUGACAAACCUACCUGCAAAGUAACGUCCAUGAAGAGCACUGACAGCCGCCAUGGCAGCAGGGAGGGAUGGACACUUUACGUACACGUUUCCCUGGAGACGAGAUCAUUGUCAAUAGGGACAACUCCAUGUUUACUUUUAAAGAUCAGGGGUGAAAUGUACCUCCAAUGAGUUCCUGUCGACAUAGAUGUGCACGACUCCUCCGUGUUUGUUACACUCCUCUAUGACAUCAUGCUGGAUGUCCACUUCCCAACCAGGAUGUUCCUCACUGAAAAAAAUGAAACAAUGUGUUAAAAUUAUUUUGGCCUUUUUGCAGCUUUUUCUUGUUACGCUAGCUCAUUAUGAGUCAAAAGAAAGCAAUGGUGAAGAGAUGUGCGAUCUGAAACAUUCAGGAAGUAUCCACCGCAUUUGUCGGCACUGCAUCCCUGUAUAUUGGAAGCGGAAUUCUUCACUAUUUGAUUUCCAUUCUUUGGGUUACGAAUCCAUUCAGAAUAGAUUCUCAAUUCAACAUGAUUCUCCUAAUAUAUUAUUUGGUACACUGUAAACAUAAAACCUUUUCAAAAAGAUUACAAGCUCUUCUUAGCUGUUAACAUUUUUUACAAUUUAUUUUCAUUUGCUAUAUUUACAUUAUGUUAAAUAAAAUAAAAUCGAGCAACCGCACUCCAACUGAAACCCAGCUUUACAAAACUUUGGAUACACACUUACAAAGCAAUCAAGAUAAAUACAAUACAACAAAAAGUAAAAUCAAAAAUUAAUGCAGCAUUAUCAAUAAUAACUAUAGUUUUUGACCCAAAAAUUGGUUCUCGAAAGUGGAAAAAAAGAAAAAAAAAAGAAAAAAGAUUCACAAACAUGGAUCGAUUUAAAAGUGAAAUAUAUAUUUUGAUUUGGAUGUCAAACUAUUUUUUGAGCACUACUACUGUAUAGAGCUCUCCACUGUAAAGUGUACAAACCUACUAAAUUCUCAACUUGUGAAGCCUGGAACCCAUUACUCAUGUUAGCAUUGUUUCUAAUAGAACAUGUACUUUAAUAUACAAACUUUAUU